CCGGCAAUGGAUUUAUGCAAUAGUCAUCAUGCGCCCUUCGUCUUCAGUCUUUACUUCACCUCUGUUGUUCUGCCAUCAAACACCCAAGGUCGUUGAUAUCCUAUCAGUCGACUUACUGCCGCAGCCAUGCCCGUCGCUAUGGAGAAACCAGCGCCAAAAGACCUGUCGUAUCACUACUCCAGGGUGACAAAGAAUCGUAAUGCCAGUCUCGUCAAGAAGUUUUACCAAUACAUGUUCAUACCUGGGAUGGGCAACCUCGCUGGAGGCCUGCCCAAUCCUGGGUAUUUCCCCUACGACACUUUGGAGGCCGCCACAGCGACACCAGAUCGGUUCAAGCCAACUCCCAAUAAGCCCGUUGAUCCUCCCACAGCCGAUUUGGCAAAGACAAGUCUCUCAGACACUCCGACCGCCUCUCGGGUCCUUGUUCCACACGAUUCCGCUGAGCCCAACGUUCUACGGAAAAUUGAUCUCACCACCGCUUUACAAUAUGGCACUGCGCAAGGUUACCCUCCGUUGUAUGCCUUCAUCAGGUCUUUUGCACAGAACAACUUACACCCCAACGUGCCUUAUAAAGGAGGAGUCGAGGUGAUAUUGACCUGCGGAUCGACAGAUGGUUUCGCCAAAACCAUUGAGUGCUUUAGUAACAUUUGGGACGAGGAAAGAGAUUGGAUUCGAGAAAGAGAAGGUGUUUUGUGCGAGGAAUUCGCUUAUAUGAAUGCCAUUCAGACUGCUAAACCUCGUGGUCUCAAUGUCGUCCCCGUGGCCAUUGAUGACGAGGGCAUGCUAGCGUAUGGCAAAGGUGGACUAGAAGAAGUCAUGGAACAUUGGGACAAGAACAAGGGAAAGCGACCUCAUUUGAUGUACACCGUCACUAUGGGCCAAAAUCCAACUUCAGGUCUUCUUUCUGUCAAGAGACGGAAGGAGAUUUACGGGUUAUGUCAGAAAUAUGACAUUAUCAUUGUUGAAGAUGACCCAUACUGGUACCUACAGUACCCCUCUGCCAACGAACUCUCGAUCAAAGCUCGCGGCCAGGCUGUCUCGGAGAACUAUCCUGCAACGUCAGCACACAACUACAAUACCUCAUCGGGUGGCAAAUCGAGCGGCUUUCCAUUCCUGGACAGUCUCGUGCCUUCGUACUUGUCAAUUGACGUGGACGGCAGAGUCGUAAGACUGGAUACUUUCAGCAAGACCGUAGCACCCGGUUGUCGCCUGGGCUGGAUUACUGCUCAGCCUGCCGUGUGUGAGCGGUUGCAACGCAUCACUGAGACGAGCACCCAGCAGCCUUCUGGAUUUGUUCAAAGCCUGAUUGCCGAACUGAUCAUGGGUCCUUCUUCCAAGGGCGACCCUGGAAAGGGUGGCAGGGGAGAUGGCAGUGGUUGGGGGGCCGAUGGCUGGGUACGAUGGCUGGAAGGUCUUCGAGGCAACUACGAACGUCGAAUGCAGGUCAUGAGUAACCUUCUCGAAGAGGGAAAAUAUGUUAUUCAUGACUCCAGACGACCCUCCACUGCGUCGGAAGAUGAUUUCGAGUACCAGGUGUUGCACAAAACCCAGAUGUAUGACUUUUCCUAUCCCAUGGCUGGGAUGUUUCUCUGGAUGCGGGCACAUUAUGAGACACACCCACUGUACAGUAAAGUCGAAAGCCAGCGACUCGCGCAAGCUUUGUGGGUUUUCAUGACGACGGACGACUAUCUGGUCUUACUCAGCCCUGGGUCACUCUUCUGCCCCACGGAAGAAAUUGCUGAAAAGAAAGGCUGGCAGUAUUUCCGACUUUGCUUUGCAGCAAUCGACGACGACAUUCUGAAGAAAAAGACCAAGGCCGUCGUGGACGCGUUCACUGACUUCUGGGCCAUCGACGACGUCAAGGCGAUUGACAAGUUGCUGGAGGACGAUGAGGCGAUUCAAGCUAGAAUUGCCCAGCUUACAACAUACAAUCAGGGAUUAUACGCCAUUAAUCCAGUCAUGUGUUAGUACAGGAUCUGUUGCGAUUGGACGGGCAGGAUCUAUGAUGAAUAUGCUAUGAUAGAAAUGGUAAAUGAAACAUACAUAGGAACUUGGGUAGGAAUGAUUUUGUUUAUGGCAUUCUUUGGUCUGGGUAGAAGUGUCCCGCCUCUACCUUCGGAGUAGCGUGUUGAUGUCACCCUAGGUAAACAUACCUAAAUACAGUAUAAAUAGGUUACUCCAGAC